CCGCCAUUCGUUGCAGGAUGUGGUGCAGCCUGCUGUUAUCCAAAUUGCCAUGACGCCAGGUUUUCAGUCGCAGCCAUCUUCAGCAUUCGAUCUAUCAUCUCGACUGACCAGCACCGAGGUUCUGUGAGUCAGCAUAUGAGCGUUUGACAAGCACAGGCCUUCUCCAACGCAAUCGCCCCUCCACCGACCGCACACUGCGAUCAAACGCGAUUGCUUAGCGAUAGGACGUCAGAGAUCCUUUCAUCGUCGAACUAAGUGAUUGCCCCAGGCAUCGCGGUCUCACGCUUUUGGCCGCCGCCCGACACCAAACGCAAGCAACUCUUCUUCCAUCACCCCCACCCUCAAUCCACCAUAUUAGAAUCACAACACUUGUGGUUGCAACGCCCCUGUUGGCGUGGCGGGGACGAUGGCCGACUUUUCACUCGUCCCCAGCGGGAGUGUACAUAAUUACACCGGCAUGUUGACGCGGAGUAUUGUCUUCUCCGCCGCACUGCUGGUGUUUCUAGCCUCCUCGGGGCUCACUAUUGCCUCCAUUGUUGUUCCCAAUUGGAUUGCCUACGAUGGCAGCACGAACCACGGGACCUCGAUACACUAUACCUACGGGCUUCAUCGCCGAUGUUCCAACACCAACCUCCCUCCUGCUACUGACCCAUACCUCAUGUCAUCCCUCCAAUGCGUACCAUUCCCUCGUUACACCGACUGUCAUGGCGAAGAUCGUUACUUUUGCAGCAUGUGGAGGUCGGUUGGAUUUCUCAUGUCAUUUGCUGUAGUGCUCGAGGGCAUGACGAUUGCAGCAUUUGCAAUACUAUUGAUAGGGGGCAAGCAGAAACGAGAACAAGGGUGGGGAGUCCUCACGAUCUUGGUUGUGUUAUCUGCAGUUGUACAAGCGAUCGGCAUGGCACUGAUGGCAUAUCUAUUCGAGAACGAUGAGCGAUUCUUUUCCGGCUGGUAUCUGGACAAGAGCUGGACUAUGUGUACAAUUUCGUGGAGUUUUGAAGCCUUGAGUGCUGUGUCGAUAACAUUGGCAGCAAUCAUCCUGCCUAGUGAGGGAGGUUACGAGUUGAUUCCAGACCAUGCUUGAGGUAAUAGAGGCAAGCGAAUGAGGUUGGGUUCACCAAUGAAUUUUAGGAAGGCGCAUAUGAUUGGCAACUAGGUAGUUGUCUGUCGCUGGCGUAUGGGGCAUGCAGCAGAUCUGCCGUGUCAGUAGAAGCAAUGAAAUACUGAAAAGGACUCUCGGCAAAUACAUCAAUUAUCGACCGCUUGUGGUAAAGGCCUUGUGCAAGUUAUGAGAGCACCAGGAUUGGUCAUGUCCCACCACGUGUCUCUACCGAUAAUUGGC